AUUAAAUGAUGUUGAGAUGUCCAAUAUAAAGAUCCAGUCCAGAAUGGAUGACCUCACAUUAAAACUUAAUACCUCUGAGGAUUAUUUAAAAGAAAGCCAAAAUAUUUUUAAUAAGCUAAAUGCCAUAUAUUUAAAUGAGAUUAAUAUAAAAGCUACAUCUGAAGAUUACAAAUUUAACGUAGAGCGAAGUAAGAGGAUUUUAUUGCAAAAAGAGGCAUACGAAUACCAGGCAACGAAUUCGGUUGAGCUCAACAAGUUAAAAUCUGAAAUAGAAAAGUUAAAAUCAGAAAUAGAGCUUAUACAACCAAGUACAUCGUCAAAGAAUGCUAGAAGGAAAAAUACGCUUCCACGUCAAAUACAGUCUCCUAAGUUUCAGCGUAAGAUACAUAAUAUAAAUCCUUUUCCGGAUAAAAAUAAUAUUCUACAGUAAAAACCAUAAGAUUCACAUCAGCUUAAUUGAAUAAACAUAAAUUAAAUUAACUUUAUAAAUAUUAAUAUUUUUGGUAAAUAUUAAGUGGCUUUGUUCUAAUAUAUAUAUUUUUAGUAAAUGUUAUUAUAAAGUACAAUGCCAGAAUGAUAUAUCCCAGAUAAAACGAAUCCCAGCUCAUCUGUAGUAUGUUUUUGUCAUUUGUAUAUAAUUAUCUAGAUUUUUUUCAUCAUAUCUCAAUUUAUCUAAUGGGUUGGUACAAUAGUCAUCCUUCAAUAAUAAAGAGCUUCUAGGCUCUACAAAUUCCGUUUACUGACAGCACAACCUGCACCUUCGUGAUAACCAUUUUUUUAAAUUUUUAUAUUAACUGUCACAUCAAACAUUUUUUCACGUCAAAACAGUUUUUGCUAUGCCGCAAGUGUGUAAGACCGAGACAACAUAGCGGGUGCGAUGUCAUCUUAAGUGUCUCGUAAGCCACUGUAAUGGAUGUAUUAAAUCUAAAUUAAAUUACUUAAAAUCAUUGUAUACAAAAAGCAAUUCUGAGCAAAGAAAGCCUGUCAACCUAUAUUACCA